GCAGACAUUGGUGGGCUGGGUUAAAGCUGGCGGUUAAAGGCAAGAACGAGUUGGCUUGUGUGUGUUAUUAAUACCGGCGGACAGGCUGGGAGGCUGGAGAGGAGCGUUUGGAUGAGACAAGCACAGAAGUGAACGCGUACUCGCACUUGAUUGAGAGCAAGUGCUUUUUCCCCCCCUCCCUCCAUCCCUCCGUUAUUUCCCCUCAUCUGUGACAUUUCAAACACUCCGUUCCACAGUUCCCAUGUGGGGGAAAGCCAUGGGUGCUGCUGGCGUGAGCAGGUAUCCGUGCGUGGCGCUGCUGCUGCUGCCGCUGUGCGCGCUCUGCGGAGCGCUGCGCGACUCCUGGCGUCCGGGGGACUACGCCAACACCACGGCCGAUGCCAUGAGGUUCCUGGACGAAUACAACAGCACCGCCGAAGAGGUGUUUUAUUUCAGCGUGUCCGCCAGUUGGACCUACAACACCAACCUGACGGAGCACAACUCCAAACUUCAGGUGGAAGCAACCUUAGAAGAGCAAGCCUUCGCCGAAGCUUGGGGGAUGAAGGCCAAGAGUGUAUUUUCUCGUGAGCUUCUCAACUCCCUCGCUGACCCUAAAGACAAGAAGCUGAUGGAAAAGAUCAUGUCACUUGGUGCUGCCAACCUUCCGCUGAGUGAAAGAGAAGAGUAUAACACCAUUCUCAGCACUAUGGACAGUAUUUAUUCCACCGCUAAGGUGUACCCACAGCCAAACGUAAGCUGGAGUCUUGAACCUGAGCUCACAGAUAUCAUGGCCAGCUCCAGGAGCUACAAAAGGCUGCUCUUUGCCUGGGAGGGCUGGCACAACGCGUCAGGUGUUCCACUCAAGCAGCACUACCCCAGGUUUGUGGAACUCAGCAACAAAGCCUCUCAAGCUGACGGAUUUGAAGACACGGGAGCUGAUUGGCGUUCUUGGUACGAAACCGAAACUUUUGAGCAGGAUAUAGACAAACUCUACAGCACCAUCAAGCCACUCUACCUGCACCUGCAUGCAUUCGUGCGCCGCCAGCUUUACAACCAAUACGGCCCCAAAUACAUCAACCUGAAAGGACCAAUCCCCGCCCAUCUGCUGGGAAAUAUGUGGGCCCAGACCUGGAACAACAUUUACAAUAUGAUGAUCCCAUUUCCUGACAAACCCAAUCUGGACGUCACUGAUGAAAUGGUUAAACAAGGCUACAAUGCGACCCACAUGUUUCGUGUGGCCGAGGAGUUCUUUACCUCUCUGGGGUUAAAGGAGAUGCCCGGGGAAUUCUGGGAAGGUUCCAUGCUUGUUAAGCCUGACAAUCGGGAGGUUGUCUGCCAUGCAUCUGCCUGGGACUUUUACAACCGCAAAGACUUCAGGAUCAAGCAGUGCACCACAGUGACGAUGGAACAGCUUUUCACCGUCCACCAUGAGAUGGGACACAUCCAGUAUUACCUGCAGUACAAGGAUCAGCCCGUGGGCUACCGUCGUGGUGCAAACCCUGGUUUUCAUGAAGCCAUCGGCGAUGUAAUGUCGCUGUCGGUCUCAACACCGAAGCACCUGCACACCAUCAACCUGCUGGAGUCCCUGACCUCCGAUGCGGAAACCGACCUAAACUUCCUGUUGAAAAUGGCUCUCGAGAAGAUAGCGUUUCUUCCUUUCGGCUACCUCAUUGAUCUCUGGAGAUGGGGAGUGUUUAAUGGACGCACCAGUCCAGACCGGUACAACUCUGAAUGGUGGUAUCUCAGAACAAAAUAUCAGGGAAUUUGCCCACCUACCAAACGUACAGAGGAGCACUUCGAUCCUGGGGCAAAAUACCACAUCCCUGGAAACACCCCAUACAUCAGGUAUUUUGUCAGCUUCAUCCUGCAGUUCCAGCUUCAUGAAAAGCUCUGCGAGGCAGCCAAUCACACCGGCCCUCUGCACACAUGUGACAUCUACCGCUCUGCUGAGGCAGGAGCCAUUCUGGAGAAAAUCCUUCAGGCUGGUUCUUCCAAAGCUUGGCCUGAGGUGCUUCAGGAAGCCAUUGGCACCAAUGAGAUGAAUGCCAACGCACUUAUGAAAUACUUUGAUCCCAUAAUCAAGUGGCUUGAAAAACAAAAUGUGAAUGAGACUUUGGGAUGGCCGGACUUCAACUGGGUCCCCCCCAUCCCGGAAGGUUACCCUGAAGAUAUUGAUAAGAAUACAGAUGAGGUUGAUGCAAAUAAAUUCCUGGACGAAUACAACAGCUCAGCUGAAGUGGUGUGGAAUGCAUACACUGAGGCCUCUUGGAAAUAUAAUACCGACAUCAACGAGGCCAAUAAGCAGGCCAUGCUUGAUAAGAGCCUGGAAAUGUCGGCACACACCCUGAAGUAUGGACUACAGGCGCGGCAGUAUGACACCACUGACUUUCAGGAUGGCUCGGUCAAAAGAAUCAUAAAAAAACUGAGUGACAUUGAGAGGGCUGCACUGCCAUCGCAAGAACUUGAAGAGUACAACACUCUCCUUUCUAAUAUGGAAACAAAGUACAGUGUGGCCGAGGUCUGCAGGACUGAUGGCACAUGCCACCCACUGGAUCCAGAUCUCCAGAAAAUUAUGGCAGAGUCCAGGGAUUAUGAUGAACUCUUGUUCGCCUGGAAAGGAUGGAGAGAUGCAGCUGGAAAAGUUCUUCGUCAGGAUUAUAAAAGAUACGUUGAACUGGCCAACAAAGCUGCAAUGCAAAAUGGUCAUUCCGAUAACGGGGCGUUCUGGCGGUCACUGUAUGAAACCCCAACCUUUGAGGAAGACCUGGAGUCUCUGUGGAAGGAGCUGGAACCGCUCUAUCAGAAUGUACACGCCUAUGUUCGAAGGGGUUUAUACAAAAAAUACGGCCCUGAACGCAUCAACCUAAAGGGACCCAUCCCAGCUCAUUUGCUUGGCAACAUGUGGGCACAGACAUGGUCCGGCAUUAUGGAUUUGGUCAUGCCAUACCCACACGCCACACAAGUUGAUGCCACGCCAGCAAUGGUGGCUCAGGGCUGGAAUGCCACCAGGAUGUUUCAGGAAUCAGACAAUUUCUUCACCUCUCUGGGUCUCCUUCCAAUGCCAAAAGAGUUCUGGGACAAAUCCAUGUUGGAGAAGCCGUCUGACGGGCGGCAGGUGGUGUGCCACGCUUCUGCAUGGGACUUCUAUAACCGAAAAGAUUUCAGGAUUAAACAGUGCACCGUUGUGACCAUGGAUGACCUGGUCACCGUGCACCAUGAGAUGGGCCACGUCCAGUACUUCCUCCAGUACAAAGACCAGCCCGUGUCCUUCCGCGACGGAGCCAACCCCGGCUUCCACGAGGCCAUUGGCGAUGUACUCGCCCUCUCGGUGUCCACGCCCAAACAUCUGCAAAGCAUCGGCCUCCUGGACAAAGUUGAGAGUAACCAUGAGAGCGACAUCAACUUUCUGAUGAGUAUGGCACUCGACAAGAUCGCCUUCCUACCUUUCGGCUACUUGAUGGACCAGUGGAGGUGGAAGGUAUUUGAUGGACGCAUACCACCGACUGAGUACAAUAAAGAGUGGUGGAACCUCAGAAUGAAGUACCAGGGCCUGUGUCCACCUGUAACCCGCACUGAGGAUGACUUUGAUCCAGGUGCAAAGUUCCACAUCCCUGCCAACGUACCUUAUGUCCGGUACUUUGUCAGCUUCAUCAUUCAGUUUCAGUUUCAUAAGGCUUUGUGUGAAGCUGCAAACCAUGUCGGACCUCUGCACACCUGUGAUAUCUACAAAUCCCAAGAAGCUGGGAAGCUGCUGGGUGAUGUGAUGAAACUUGGAUUCAGUAAGCCUUGGCCCGAAGCUAUGGCCAUGAUCACAGGCCAGUCCAAAAUGAGUGCCCAGCCCCUCAUGCAGUAUUUCCAACCUCUCAUUGAGUGGCUUGAGGCAGAAAACAACAAGAACAACGAUAUUCGUGGAUGGCCUGAGUACGACUGGAACCCUUUAGAACCUUUAAAUGAUGGUAACGUUGAUUUCUUGGGAAUGGAUGUGAACAGUGCAGCCGCCACAGCUGGCCAGUGGGUCUUGUUGGUCAUUGGACUGAUCCUCUUGGUGGCCACUAUUCUUCUUGCCUACAAGUACAGAAAGUCAAAAAAGCCUGAGAAGUCCUUAUCAACGAUGGAGCUCAAGCAAAAAGACUAGUAGUUAUGACUGAUAGCUAAAUGUUGACGUAUGGCCUAACUAACUGUCUGUAGCCCUUAACCAGCCUCAAUGUGAACAGUUUUUUCCAUUUACUCUGGGGUUUUAAAAACAAAAAUUCAGUUGUUUUUAUCAUGUUUAUUGUCACCACCUCAGAUUUAAAAAAUUUUAACUUUUUUUUUUACUACUGAGAAGUGAAUCUUUGAUGGAAAAAUCCUUGUUGUGCUUUAGACAAUACACUUUGUCACUUUAUGUAAAUUGGUGCAGGUUUAAUUUGAUAUAACUGUACCAUAUGUUCCUUUUUCUAAUGUAACAUUUCAGAGCUUUAUGAGUACAAAAACCUGUUGAAGUGUUGAGAUAGUACCUGAUUUUAAUGUAAUGUAUGUAAUAUGUAAUGUCACCCAACAACUAAACUUUUUCUUGUGUCAAUUUCUUUGAAAACUUACUCUUUCUCUAACAUUUAGAACUCCCAAAUUUAAAUGUUGAAACAAACUGUCAUUUUGAAUGUGUUCAUGGUGAAAAUUCCUUUCAUGAGUGCAUCAUUUAAGCCAUGACAAUAACAUUUUCAAUGCUAUUUCACUGAUUUAUCAAACUGAAAGAUUUUAAGGAAAUGUGUUCAGUGAUCAGUAUUUUUUUAGAACCAAAUAUUUAUUUGAAUGUUAAUUCAUUAAAAAAAUUACUCUACUAUUUGUGUUGGGUUAAUGACUAACAUCUUUUAAAUAUAUUUUUACUUACCCACAGGUGCGUUGUGGUGGUCAAUCUCUGUCAUAUUUCACCAUCAUCGAUGCUGAAAUUCCAUAAAUACCCUAAGGUUUAUUUUGUAAAAGAACAAAAUGAGAAAAAUCUGAAAUGGAAGCUUAUUCAAUAUACAGUGACCCUCUUUUUUUCCUUUUAUACACUGUCAAGUGUUGUACAUUUUCUGUUAUUCUUUUUGCCUAUGCAAAAGAAAAUGACAAUUUUGUAAUUUAUUUGAAUAUUACGCUAGAAAAUGUUUCAAAGUGAAUGUUUGUAUAGUCGUGUAAAAUUGUAAAAAGGUUCUGAUUUAGUUUCCUGUUGAAUUCUCAGCAUUUCUACAGUAAAACCAUUAACCUCUGACCUGUCUUUCAGACCCUGAAAUGAAGAAACUGUGUGGCAUCUGUAAAUGGUUUACUCUGAAAAUGCACAGCACAAAAUAAACACCACCACCGAAAACAAGAAUUUGGGUAUUCUGAAGAAGUUGGUGGGGCUUUUGUUCUACUGUGGGUUAUUCCUGUGGGUUCAUCAAGUGACAGAGACCAUGGUAACGAUACAAUACCAUAUACAACCUUCAAAUCCUCCAAAAGCUUUCAGCCCUGCGAAACCUUACUUGUCCUGAAUACUUUAAGCAGGAGACACUAUUCAGAUGUCACAAGCCGGCAGAUGUCCCAAUACAUUCAACUCUUUAUAAAUGUUUCAGAAAUACUUUUUCCACAAAAACGGAAGGAAAUCUGGUCAGCUUACUCACAGUGUGACGUUCACAGCCAUCUGAGCUUUACUUUUUAAAAUAGAAGCCUCUAAAUGACAGAAACAAUUUCCAACUGCAGCAGACCAAACAAGGCCCGAGUCCCAAAAGUUGAAAAAACUGAUUAACACGGUCUAAUUUUCUCAAUCCUGGUGUCAGAAACAUAAAUAACACACCAAAUUGCUCAGCCUUGUGGUUACUACAGUGAAAAAACAUCAAAAGCUGGAGUUUUCCCACAAAAUAGAGAGGUUUGACGCAUUUCUCAGCCUCGACUCAUGGAAGGAUUAUCAUGGCAGGAUAACUCACAACUGCAAAAAAAACACACAGGAGAUUUUUCAGCUAACACACAAAUAAAGGAACAUGUGAUGUUAACAUGACUCUUGUUCUUGAGAAUUGACCAUUUUGCUCAUUCAUUUUCAGAUGACUCUUGCUCACAUUGCAAUGUGUUUUUCAGCUAUCUGUUCAGUUUUUGCAGCCUCUGCUGGUGCAAUCAUGGAGCAGAUCAGCACUGGCACUGCUCCAUGAUUGCAGAAGUAGCUUCUGUCAGUCCAGUUUUUCCUAUGUCCAGCAGGUUUACCUCAGUGGAGCUGCAAUGUCUUGGAUGCAAUGUGUCAGCCCACCAUCUUGAUUGAUAAAUUGAACAAAGACCAGUCAUGAAUGUAUUCAUUCAAAUAAUCAAUUUGUAUUGUUACUAUGUACAACUCCUGUGGCUGUUGAGUGAUCCAGUGUUUUGACUUCCUGUAAGAGAUUCAAAUAUCUACACGGGGUUUAAAGAUGAAAUAAAUAACAACAAAGAUUCAAUAGAUUUGAUAGAUUCAACCAAAAACGUGAUGGUUUCCAACUUGUCACACAUCUGAUGUGGCUUUUUAAAUGGUCAUAAAUCUUAUCAUGGAGCCUGCCAAGACUGAAAUAUCCCUUUGUUUGGAUUACUGGUUCUGUGCAAUGCCUAUCCAACACUGACAAGCACAUUCCAAUAAAGAUGCUUCU